UGCGUUUAUUCGACAACACAAAGAAAAGCUUUUAAUAUCCGGGGUAAGGUUCCUGUUAUUCUAGUAAUGAGUCGCUGAGAGUCAUUCAGAGGUGGAGCAGACUUAAAGGAAAAGUAUUUUUUCAAAGUUAUUCCUGUCGUCACAGGUGACGCGGAUCUUUUUAUUUGUCCUGAAUAACUUUUUGUUUUAGGAUAGAAAGUGUGGUUUAGUUGUGGGAAGUGCUGAGCUGUGACUGAGUGAUGCAACAUGGCAGCAACUGGCAGGUUUCUGUCAGCUGUUAUUAGGAUCCACGGCCGUGGAAUGGACAUUGUGGGACAGAGGACACUCUCUUGUCUUCCCUCUGUCAUGAUCAGAAAAGAACCAGAAACACACCCACGACGUAAAAGCCGAGGAUCGGAUGGACGCAGCAGCCUGGACCAGAGAUCUUCAGCCUGGAAGGAAGAAGGCGGUCGGUCUGGCAGCUCUGCCCGGCUCAAGUCUCUCUCAGUGGGGCUGGGACUCUGCGGAGCGGCGCUACUGGUCCGCUUGAGGGAGGAUCAGUUGGACUCAGAGGGAUCUCCAGGAUCCAGCAGCUUUUUAAGACUCUUUCUGCCCUCUGCUCAGUGCGCCUCCCCGUUUAGACCCGACAGCCCCCGCUUCAGAUACAACUUCAUAGCUGAUGUGGUGGAAAAAUCCACUCCAGCUGUGGUGUACAUCGAGAUCGUGGGCAGAAAUCCGUUUUCAGGAAGAGAAAUCGCGGUGUCGAACGGCUCGGGUUUCAUCAUCAGCAGCGACGGCCUGAUCAUCACCAACGCUCACGUCGUGGCCAACAAGAGAGGCGUCCGAGUGAAGCUAACCAACGGCGACACGUACAACGCCACGGUGCAGGACGUCGAUCCCGGCGCAGACAUCGCCACCAUUAAAAUCACUUCAACUAAACCUUUCCCCACGCUCAAACUGGGUCAGUCAUCGGAGGUUCGUCAAGGAGAGUUCGUGGUUGCUAUGGGGAGUCCGUUUGCUCUCCGGAACACGAUCACCUCUGGGAUCGUCAGCUCGGCGCAGAGAGGAAGCCAGGAGCUGGGCCUGUCCAACUCCAACAUGGACUACAUACAGACAGACGCAACCAUCGACUUUGGAAAUUCUGGAGGUCCUUUGAUUAAUCUGGAUGGGGAAGUAAUCGGCAUUAACACCAUGAAGGUCACUGCAGGAAUCUCAUUCGCUAUCCCGUCUGAUCGGGUGAAACUUUUUCUGAAUCAAGCAGCUAAAAGAAAAACCUCUACAGUUGGUGACUUGAGUGUGAAGCCUCGGUACAUCGGUGUCAUGAUGCUAACGCUAACACCAAGCAUCAUUGCGGAGCUGAAGAUGAGAGACUCGUCUUUUCCGAACGUCAACCACGGCAUUCUGAUCCACAAAGUCAUCCCCAGCUCACCAGCCAGCAGAGCUGGGAUGCUGCCAGGAGACAUUGUGUUGGAGAUCAACGGGGUGAUGGUGAACACCUCUGAGGAGAUCUACAAGGCCGUCAGGAGCAGCGACACCAUCAACAUGGUGGUGCAGAGAGGAAACCAGCUCUAUAAACUCCAAGUCACACCCGAAUACAUCGAGUGACAAUGGCUGACGCACACUGGUGGCCAAACGUCUGCCAGGGAGAAAACUGUGAAACUUGAUGCAUUAAUGUGAAUAUUUUUAUUCAUAUAGAAUAAAAGUUGACAUGUGGACAUAUUUUAGCAGCUUUACUGUUAAUUUUCCAAAAAGAUGUCAAACAUUUAUGGGUUUUCCUGUUGAUUUAGUCCUGAUCAUGGACAGUUUGUAAAAUAAAAGACUGAAAACA